AUGGGCCAGGGCCAGCUGCAGGGGGGCCUACUGUGGAGCUACUUGGGCCACGGAGCGAUGGUAGGCCCCAGUGACCUGGAGAGCAGCCUGCAUAAUCCAGCCUUCAUGGAGUACACCUCACGUGUCUUUGGAGAUGUUACUAUUGUGGUUCAAGAUUGUCCCAGCUGGGACUUGUUGGACAGUGACUGGGCCAGCGUACGAAAAGUUCUUGAGCAGGCUGACAUUUUGGUCAUCAAGUAUUCGGUGACCGACAAGCUGGCCUUCCAACAGGUCAGGAAUGGAUAUGCCCCAAGACUGCGCCCACUUCUUCGACACUGGGGGGUUCCAGUCAUCUUAGUUGCUGUUGGAGCCAGGCUGAACGACGAGGGUCCUCCUUGCACAUGCCCGCUUUGUGCGUCUGACUGGAGCAGCUGUGUGCCUCACAGUGAAGGUCUGCAGCUGUCGCGGGACCUGGGGGCCACCUACCUGGAGUUACCCUCGCUUAACCAUGUGUUCGUGGGUCGCUACUUUGGCAGCGUGCUGGAGUACUUCAUGAUCCAGUGUCUGAAACACAAAGCCAAAGAGAAACCAGAAAAGAGGCGAGGAAAUAAAGUCAACGAGCUUCGCCCGCCUCACUUGGAACAACCAGCUCGUCUUCCCCCCAUUCGAGUAGAAGAGUCAAGCUUCUCCCAAGACAUGCAGUGGUUGUUGGAACGUGGCGUGCAGUUUGCCGACGUGGCCUUCUAUGCAGGGGACUCCGGGAAAGAACUGGGAUGGGCUCACGCAUCCGUACUCUGCGCUGUCAGCCCGUAUUUUCGACAGCUGCUCCUGGGGCCCAAGACCAGGGAGAGGGAUGGAGCUCCUCACUCGUUACUCUCCACCUGGGAUGGAGGAAUUAUUGAUGACAUGCCUCGAUCUGAGGGACAUUUGGCUGGCCGCCUCUCUCGUCUGGUGGUGAAGGAUCCCCUAUUAUGUAUGUGCUUAUGGGAGACCCUCAUGUUUAUUUACAGAGGAGCGUGGGAGUGGGAGCACCUCCAGGAGGCCUUGGAAGAGAAACUAAAGAACUCACUUGCAGUGGCUCAGCUUAUGGAGCGCAUAAGAUCACUUAUUGGCAGAGAGAGGGGCACCAGAGACACUCCGAGCGCACGCGCAGCCCAGCUAGGCCCGCAGACUCUCGUCAACCUCUUCAAUUCCCCUCUUUAUUCGGAUGUCAUCUUCAUGGUGCAGGGGAGUGUAUUACCAGCACACCGAGCAGUGCUGGUAGCACGCUGCGACGUCAUGGCAGCCAUGUUUAGCGGCAAAUACGCAGAAGCCCGGAGCAGAGUGGUGCCCAUCCACGGUGUCUCGUCAGAUACCUUCCUGUCAUUCUUGGAGUACCUCUACACUGACUCUUGCUGUCCCGCCAGCGUGUUGCAGGCUAUGGCCGUGCUGGUGUGUGCAGAGAUGUACCAGGUGAAAAGGCUGCAGCAUCUGUGCGAGGUGUGUGUGUGCGCUUACCUUCAAAGCAUGCCCAGUAGAGAGCUGGCGUCAACCGGCAUCAGCGUGGUUCGACUUCUCAGACGGGCAAAGUGUCACAAUGCAGAGCAGCUGUAUGUGUGGCUCCUCCACUUCAUUGCCAACAACUACCUGAUCUUCAGUCACAAACCUGACUUCCUGGAGCUUUCAGAAGAAGAGCGUGAGCAGGUGGAGAGGCUGCGUUGGCCGUCUCGAGGAUAUUUGCAGGAACUCAGCGAGUACCAGCAACGGCGACGCAAAUUACGCAAGUCCCGCUGCUUGGUCAUGUGA